AUGCCGCGCACUAUUUUGAUAUAUAGCAGCGAAUGGAUGGGCGUCCGCCAUAAAGUUCUGGAGCUUGCCGAGGCUACCGCGAGGAAGUUUAAACUCGAUACUGGCGUGAAAGACGAAAAUGUACGUGCUUAUUUCAAUGAAGUGCUUUUGUUAGAAACAUGUUGUUUCUCCAAUAUCAAUGACUGGCUUUACGACUCCGUUGCGGAAGGAGGCGCUAAUGUGUUCCUCUUUGUCGCCACAUCAGAGGGUGGUACCAUCGCGCCGAAGUGCCGGGCAGCUUUGGAGGAGUUGCGAGCCUUUGCCAAUGAUCAUCGAGCUUCUCCACAAGAGCGCAAAAGCAUAAGCUUUAGUGUCUUGGGAUUUGGUGACAUGGCGUACGGAGGUACGACAUUCUGUCGCCCUGCCAUUGAAGUUAACAAGCUAAUGAAAUUGUCUGGUGCUAGGAGGGUGGAGCAUUUAGUUAAUGUUAAUGCAAGUGAUUCUGACGCUACGGCAGGAGACGUGCAGAAAAAAAUUCAAUGGAUUGACAAGUGUUUAUCCAGAGGUAUCGAAGACUCUCUGGCCGCAGACAAGAGUAGCGAGGAGGAUGACGACAACAGUAGCGACAGUGACGCGUCAUGUAAUUCGUAUGACGAAGGGGAAGGUCGCGACGAAAACAAGGAGAUGCUGGGUGAGACUCAGCGCCGGGUUUUGAUGAAGCAGGGUUACCGCUUAGUGGGCUCCCACAGCGCAGUGAAGAUGUGUCGCUGGACGAAGCACCAGCUGCGGGGUCAGGGGGGAUGUUACAAGCAUACAUUUUACGGCAUCCAGUCUCACCGGUGCAUGGAGGCAACGUGUUGUCUUGCGUGCGCCAACAAGUGUGUGUUUUGCUGGAGACACCAGAAAAACCCGGUUGCAAGAGAAUGGCACUGGAAGGCGGACGAUCCCGGGCACAUCGUUGAGCAGAUGCUGGUUGAACAACGGCAUAUGGUUCAGGUCUUCAAGGGGGCCCGUGGUGUGGAGGAGACUGGUCGUUUGACGGAGGGACUGGAGGUUGCCCAUUGUGCCUUGAGCCUUGUGGGUGAACCCAUUUUGUACCCGCGCAUCAACGAGCUUUUAAGCCGUCUCCAUAGGGAGUCUAUAUCCACCUUUCUCGUAAACAACGGGCAGUUCCCUGAGCAGCUCGAGUUGCUUGGCACAUGUACUCAGUUGUAUGUAUCAGUAGACGCCUCCGAUCCGGUGACCAUGAAGGAGCUGGACCGGCCGUUACAUAGAGACUACUGGGAGCGUUUCCUCAAAUCUCUUUCACUGCUGAAAAACCGAAUUGAGAGAACAGUUUACAGGCUGACGAUUGUGAAAGACCGGAACGAGUUUGACGUACAGGGCUAUGCGCUGCUGAUUCCGCUUGGCGAGCCGGAUUUCAUUGAGCUUAAGGGAGUAACCUUUACCGGUAAGGGCUGCGGCAUCAGAAUGACCAACGUGCCAACACACCAGGAGGUCGUGGAAUUUGGCGAGAUGCUUGUAGCUGAAUUGCAAAAUAUGGGCAUGGAUUACGAGCUCGCUGUUGAACAUGAGCACUCGUGUAGUGUGCUCGUAGCCAAGGCCAGGUACAAGGUUAAUGGCAAGUGGCAUACAUGGAUUGACUACCCAAAGUUCUUCACAUGGUUUGCUGCGUUGGAUCUCCUGACUGUUGGUCAGAAGCCUGACAACCUGGAGUACGCGGCGGAGACCCCUUCGUGGGCGCUUUUAGGCGCCGAGGAGAAGGGAUUCGAUCCCGCCGACAAGCGCAAGUAUCGUAAAAACAGGCUUUUGAUGAUGGAGGAAGAACGAAAACGAAAAAUGACAUGCGAUGAGUGUUCCUGCUCUUGA